AUGCAAUCUAUUAGAGCAUGUUUUGAGCUAAAAACACCUAAUCAGAAUCUUAUAGAUUUCAUACUAUAUGACCAAAAACCCUUCAAAUAUUCUUUUACUCCGUCUAAUAAUGCCCAGCUGGAUGAUUUCAUAAAAAAGACAAUUAGUUUAAAAGCAUUCGCAAACAAAUCUGAAACAACACCGGAGUUAUUUGAUCUCGCUUAUGAACAGUUAUGUGCCCUUAAUAGGAUCGCUCGCUCGGAAUCAGAUUGGAUAGUGUACGCUUUGUACCGUUGUGCUCUACAACUUUACCAAAUUGCUGUCAAGCUUGAUACUUCAGCCAAGAAUGAGGAUAAUAAUAAACCCACGAGCACAUCAAUUAAUGCCAUUAGUAAUCCCUCGUUAUUUUACCAAAAGGGUGACCUUCGUCAGGAUAAUUUUUUAACAGUAUGUGCUAGGGUCAUUAACUCGUCAUUAACUAUCUGCCUUCAAGAUCGUGACCUAAGUGCGUCGAAUAAACGUCACGGCGCAUAUUUUUUUGGCAUUAUUAUGUUCAAGAUUUUCAACCGCCUACGUGCAUACGAACUGCUCAACCAUAUAGUGAACGUUCUAGAAUCUCGGUCUGACCGUUUGCCCCCAGAUGAAGCUUUUGGCAACCGUAGAGCACUUACAGUAGCAUACAGUUAUUACCUUGGCCGCUAUUAUACAUGUCGUAAAAAGAACUACGAAAAAGCACUUCAAUGGUUAGAACUUGCAUUUAAAAAUAGUCAUUCAAAAUGUAGCCGCCAACGAGAGCAGAUACUGGUUUAUUUACUUCCAGUUGCCUUCCUAAAGAGACGAAGGUUCCCUACUAAGAAAUUACUAGACUCCUGGGACGCCAAAUCAACCGGUCUAGAUUAUAAGUCAAUAUUUACUGCAGUUCUCAACGGAAAUCUUUCUCAACUGGACCUAAUUAUUGAAUCUUCUAAACUUUCCUUACUGCAGCGUGGUCUGUACUUAACUUUUUCCGAAUUGAAGCCAUAUGCCACGCUGCGGCUCGUCCGUGCGGCCUGGGUGGCUGUGGAUUGUAAAUGGCAAGUGCCCACGCACGUGAUUGCCACGGCGAUUAAAAUUAAAUGUUCCGCCCCACACCCACAUCCCGAUGACAUGAUGUCACAAGAAAAUCUAGAUAAGGAAGAACAGCUUGACCGUACCGAAUGCCAAGUGGCGGGGCUUAUCUCCCAAGGGCUCAUUAGGGGAUAUCUGUCCCACGGAAACAGGGUACUAGUACUAAGCCGGACAGUUCCAUUUCCUUGUAAUUAG